GCAUAGUACAAAAACUGACUAUUAUCGAAUAGAGUGCGCCACGGCGGGUUGGUGGUAACAGUUCUGCACCGAAUCAUAGCAAAUAUAAAUUCAAAUCAAAGCACGUUUAACUUUUGAGGGAUGGAGCAGGUCUUUGACAUCGGACCGAUUAUUAAUCUUAACAUAAUUGAUGAGAAACUGGCGAUACUAGCUAAUCUUAACUAUGAUACAGAAUAUCUUGAAGUUGGAUAUUAUUUUCUGUGCGAUCUGAUGAUAAUAAAUUUGCCUGAAGAUGAACUUGUUGCAGGGCUAAUAAAGUAUAUCAAUGCACUUGUUGAUCACAACUUGCCCUUGGAUCUCGCCAAGGAGAUGAUUACAUAUUUCGGUUUUAAACUUGUUAGAUUGGAACAUUCCAUAUCUAAACCAGUGGCAAAACAUGCCUCCAAUAGAUUCUUACCACUAGAAAUGGCGUUUGGGGAGCAAUUAUCCAUGGUCAGGCAGCAUCUGGCAUCUGUUUAUGAAUUAAAAGGAAAAUGGGAAAAAGCGAUUCAAGCUCUAAAGUCAAUUGAACUGGAGACGGGUAUCCACGGUCAAUACUCUUCAAAUUACAAAUUAGGAACCUAUUUACGACUAAGCCGGUUUUAUCUUGAAAUUCACAACGGAGAGGAAGCGGAAUCUUACAUUAAUCGCGCUGGGUAUACUCUGGUAGAUGCGGAGGACGAGAGCCUGCAUACGGAUUUCAAAGUGGGCUGUGCGCGCGUCCUCGACUUCCAGCAGAAGUUUAUCGAUGCGGCUCAACACUAUCACGAUCUCGCUACCUGCGAGUAUCAGCCAAGAGUUCAGCUACGCAGCCCUACGUAACGCAAUCACCUGCACAAUGCUUUCAUCCCCGGAAAGCAGCGCAGUGGACUGAUCGCAAGUUUCUGCAAUGAUCGACGUACCCGUACAAUGGAAAUAUACAGCGUCCUUCUAAAGAUAUAUCGCGGCCUGCAUGUAUAUCCUAGUGAAUUAGUGGUGUUUGAGAUGAAACUGAAGCCUCACCAGAAAAUGCUGUUUGCCCACAACUGCACCUUCCUGAAGCUUGCUCUGGUUCAGCAUAAUCUAAUUGCAGCAAGCAAUAUGUACAAAAAUAUUAGUUUUACGAUGUUGGCCGAGAUACUAGAAAUUGAUGCGGAGAGGGUUCAGAGAAUUGCCAGGCAAAUGAUAUCUGAGGACAUUCUAAAUGGUGACAUCGAUCUAUCCGAGUGCGUGAUUAACUUUGAAAUAGAUGUGGAAGUGCUGUCUUGAUGGCGCAGAAAAAUUUGAACCCGACGAUGGAUGAAAUUUAUAUUAUAUGUAAAUUUGAUGGUAUACUUGGUAACAUACAAUUGAAGAUUAUAGUAAUACCUAUAAUGCUCGUAC